UGUGAAGAUUGCCCCAGAUUUGCUGGCCUCCUCCUCCCCUGAACGCACCCAGGGGCCCUGUGUUUUCACACAGCCAUGAUCACCGAUCACCGAUCAGGCAGUCUUUGGUGACAAAAUCGGAAGUGUUCCCCUGAAACCACAGGCAAGCUGCACUCUCCAGCACAGGAUAGGUGUACUAUUAUUGGAGCAAACGUGAGGCCAGCGGUGUGGCUGCCCUGUAUAUUGGUUGAGUGCAUCUACCGUUUGUGUGUGUGGGCAUGUGGCUGCAGUUGACAGUUAUACAUGUAUGGCUUCCAGUUAAUACUCAGCACACACAACCACACACUCUGAGAGAGAGAGAGGGAUGUUUUCGCUGGCACAUACAGACAGUCGGUAAAUGCAAACGUGACCUUUGUUUCACACAUCGGGUCAGAGUACACAAACGUAUUAACUGCUAACUGUUAUGGAUGCCAUGACGGGAUGAAUGCAAGUGUUACACGGCAACACCAGCUAACUCGGAGACGUGGAAUUACAAGCCUAUCUUAAGGAUUAUAUAAAGUGGAAUAUUAUCAUGGACGGCAGCUCUGGGUAACAACGACGAAGUACAAUGUUGUGUCAUUAUGAUGAAAGACAGUGAUUCUUGCCUGGCGAACCCAAACUACACUCAGUGGAUCCUCGAGGCCAUUCGCAAGAUUCGGAAGCAGAAGCAGCGGCCAAAUGAGGAGCGCAUCUGCCACGCGGUCCGGCACGGCCGGGGCCUGGACCAGACGGACAUCAAGGAGCAGUUAGAACUCUGCGUCCGCGAUGGCAAUGUUCUGAAGGUCAUGAAUAAAGGGGUCGCGUCCUACCGCGACCCUGAGUUCUCUCCCGGCACUCGGGGCGGGGGCCGCCGUGCCAGCAGAGGCACGAGCACCGCCAAAAUCCUUGGAAACCUCACGCUCAGCACGGAUUACCUUCGUCUCAUUUUAUGCACCAUUAAACAGUUGGCCGAAGGCGGCUCAACGCUCAAGAGCGUGGAGAAGUAUAUCCGUCAAUCUUAUAAUGUGGACACAAGGAUGGAAAAUGACUUGAGCAGCAAGCUGCGGCUUGCUGCUAAGAAGGGAAUUGCACAAGCAAAAUUGACUAAAGAUGGUAAAUUAUUCAGAUUACCAGACCAAAACGAUAAACUAAACAAACUUCAGGGAGACAAUACAAAAAACAAUGUCCGGGUAAGUAAUGGCAACUUUCAUUUCAUUUUCAAUAUACAGUUAUUAAAUUCACAUGUGGUGAAAAUGCUCCAAGUUUUGCAAACCUUUCCACAGUAAAAAUGUCAGUAAUGUGUACAUGUAUUGAUUUCAGUGGUCAUGAAAAGAUUUGACUUGGACAGAUACACCUGCACCUUCAAAUAUUUUCAGCAUUGGAAUAAAGCUAUUCGAUAUCAAUAUGUUUUACAAGUGUAUAUUUAACCUCAUAUUAAGGCUUUUGAAUCUUGUGCAAAGGAUAAAUGUCAGGUAUCGGAUGUUGCAUUAGCCUUGAGACUUCCUCGUGUUGGCAAUCCAGUGUCCUACAUGUACAUGUACUACUUGUACUGUAAAAAUGUCUUCGAGAUUCAGGAUGGAAUUUUUUACACACUGACGGGUCUACAUUACCCGAGUCAUGCUACACAUUUAUCACUGCUACAUAUGUGUAACAUGAAGAGGCAAAGAUGAUAAUGAUACUGUUCAGGUUUGUAAUUAUUCAGAUCUUGCCAAAAUAUUUUUCAUUCCAAAAUGCAUUCAUGUACUUUUUUUGUUUUCUUAUCUUUAAUAUUAUUUUCCCCCUUAUGCAGAAAGUAGGCCUACAUGUACAUGUAUAUUUAGCCUUUACAUGAUUAACAUAAAGGAAAACCAGGAAAUGUUUGUGGUUGAAAUAUAUACCAGAUAUACAUGUAGUACCACUGAACUCACAGCGGAAUGUUGGUCCAUAAUGGAAAUGUACAUGUAGCCCAACAUGUUUACUGUGCAAAGAAAGACCUUGGGAUACAUGUACAUACUGUACACACACAUGAAGUCACUAGGUGGUUUCAGACCGCCUCGAAGUUCGUCAGUUCCAGGUAUUUCUGAUCGGGAAAUUUACCCGAUCAGAAAAUACCAGAUAAUAUUGGCAAUGUGAAAGCAAAUUACGCGUAAUCUCCCCGAAAGUAAAUACCCACUAAAUAGUUGGUACUUGUCAAAAUUACGAGAACUUUCGCGGGGAUUUUUCCAAGGUCGCAGGUAUUUUGGCAGUGUGAAAGCAAUUUACGGGAACUUUUAGCCCAGCGUGUAGUUGGGCGCGGGCGCCGUGGGUGGCUGCUGAGCUAGUGAUUUUGAAUCUCACGCCUUGCCUGCUUAUCAGACCAUACUGCGCAUGCUCGUAACUUCAGGAACUUAUUCCGAAGGGUAUGUUUCGGGGCGGUGUGAAUGCAGGAAUAAUUAAUGGAUAUUUUUAAGCCUAAAAAGUUAUCGUAAUUUAACGGGGAUUCUUAUGACCGAGGCGAUUUGAAACCACCUACAUGUAUUGUACAUGUAGGCUAUACAUUUUGAUUUCUUAUGAGAAGUUCCAGCAAUAGAGAACGUUUGCAUACUCUUUUAAUAGUCACUGAUAAACUCUCGGGUUUCAGCAGUCAGCACAUCUGGAUUUGCUACAUGAUAACAGUCCUAUAGUUUACGUACCAAAACAUUUUACAUGUCCCUCUAGAACUCAAUUUUAUCAACAGCAAAUGUUUGUAAACAGAAUCAAUAUGUUCCAAACUUUUCAUCUUUAUAAUAGGGAUAUACAUUACAUGUAUCAUCUCCCUUGUUUCAUGCAUGAUUUAUCCCACCUGGAAGAAAAGGAAGGUUUUAAAUCGAAUCCGAAACAAAGUCAUCAACUCCACAACAUUGAAAGCUGCUAUAAUCUGCUUUGUCAUUCUUUAUUAGGUGUUCUCACACCUGCCUGAUUAAGAAAAAUACAUGUACAGUACCUGGGCCCCAAUUUAAAAAGACUUCAAUUUAUAGGGUAACUUUGUCAUUAUUGUAUACUACAAUGGAAAACUUGAUUGCGAUACCAGUAGGUUCCAUAUUAUGGCAAUGUUACCAUAUAUCUGUACAUGUACAGUAUGUAGUUGUUUAUAAAAUGGAUACAGUGUUCUAUCAAAAAUUCUGUCCUGAUCAGAAGAUACCUGGGCCCCGUCUUUACAAAGAGCUACGAUUGAUCCAAUCAACCACAACUAUGGAAAGCCAGCAACAUCAACAUAAAAAAUGCAUGUUUGUGCAGAUGAUUUUCUAGAUAUAUAUGAUAAAGUCUUUUAUACAUUUUAUUGUUUUCUUGAAAAUUCAGGGUGCUUUUCUUUGCUUAUUUAUACAAAGGACAUUGUGCAAAUUUCCGGAGAAAAAAUUAUGACAUUGUUGGAUUUCCAUGUAGUGUAGGUUGAUCAGAUCAAUCGUAACUCUUUGUAUUAAGGAUGGGGCCCUGGGGAGCAAUUCAUGAAAGAACUUUUAUCUGACAAGUCCCAUUUCAUCAGACAGUUACCAUAGUAACAGUGCUUCUCAGCCACUCACAAUCAAGGAAACUUGUUGGACAAAAAUGUGGAUGAAAGGCUCCCCAGGUAUUUUGCCCAUGUGAAAGCAAAGUAUGUGUACACCUGUGCCGCCUACAAAAAGAUCUCUGAAAGAAAAUAUGCCUAGUUGCAAACUACAUGUACAUGUAGAUAAUUUUUUAUUAUAAGAACAUUUGCAAGGAUUCUCCAAAGUCACUGGCAUAGUGUUAAAAAGAAAAUUAUUUGCAUCAUCUUCACAGGAGCUGAAGAACUCAAACUCUGCAACAUCCUAAUAAGGGCAACCUAAAAUUGCAUUUAUUCACCAGCAGGUACUACAAUGUAGGUUUGAAGACAGACAUUUUUCCUCAUUUGUAAUUUACCCUUUCUUGUACUUCUCUUUACUUUUUAUGUUUUGCUCUCUUAUAAGCACCUUGAGCAUUUAAUCAAAAUGGAAAAGAUGCUAUAUAUGUAUUAUUAUUCUUAUUGUACAUGUACAUGUAUGAACACUUUAAGGUACAUACAUGUACAAAGUACAUGUAGAACAAGAGGAAUGUGCAUCCCGUGUUUGUAGAAAUAUAACAUUCUAGUUCCACAGUCAUUGAAGAAGUGAAUGGAUUUGAUGAAUCAAUUGUACAGGCCUACAUGUAUUACUAGAAGUUAUAUGUAUAAGCCUUCUUGUGUUUGGCCAACAUUGUUUUGCCGACAUAAUGGAAAAUGACAUCUUCAAAACAAUUGAACAAUGACUUCAGCCAUGACCAUACAGUAUAUGCUAUAUUUGUGUAGUCGCGCAGUACUGUGCAUAUUUGCAUGCACAAUUGAACACUGAAACGAAAUAUACUUGUAGCUCUACCCAAGGGCAUCAAACUUGCUUCGAUACAUGUAUCUUUGACUCUUGUUUAUCUUUGCACUAUUCCUUUCUCUCACCUGAGUUGUCAUAUGAUUGUUCAAGCAUAUUUCCAACCUCGGCUGGAUUUCAUGCCUGAAUGGCCAAGUAAAGGCCACAGGAUGUAUUUGUUGCAUACAUACAUGUACAUUGCUGAAUGGCUGUUACAAGUGCAUCCCAGGGUCUGGUUUACACAAGUCGCUUCUUUGGAAGAAUAGUUGUUUGAAAUUUUGAAAUAAAUUGCAAAUUAAUCUACAUGUAUGUGUUUGAGCCCCAGAAUACAUUAUUUCAACCCUCCCCUCAACAAAGAUGAGGUUUAAUACAUAAAAUACAUAACUUACGUAUAAAAUACAUAAUUUUUUAGAAGUGUUAAAAGAUAUUUUUCACACUCAAAAACUUAUCUGAAAAUGUGAUACCUGCAAAUGUGUAGAAAUUUGCUUCUUUGUUGACUUCUGUUUUUGUGAGCACACUUUUUACAAGGGAAAAGAAUAUUCUGUAGUACAGAAACCAGAAGUUAAUAACCUUUCUUCAAGAUGGAAAGUGUGCUAUACAAAUCUCAUGUACAUGUAUGUAUUAUUAUUAUUAUUACAUUUUUUAAUAAUGGCCUAGAUUUUUUUUCAAUAUUUAAAUACUGUACAUAUGUACAUGUAGUUGCCAUGAAUGUUACAGUAGUUUCAACUUUCAAAACUAAGAAAUGUUUAAUAAUACUCAAUACCUCAUAAGAAUUGUAAUGUACAAGAGUACUCUAUUAAAAAGCAGAAAAUGAAAAUACAUGAGCAUAGUACUGUACAUUUAGGAGAAAUCAUGUGACACUAGAAAAGGUUGUUUACCGAAGAAAGGUGUGCCAUUGUAUGUACAUUAUACAGGUACUGAAGUGGACACAGAGGAAAGUGAGGGGGUUGAGCCUUGAAGAUCCUGAAUAGAUAAAUGAUUUAAAUCUGCAUUUCGAUCAAGGAAAGGAAUAUCACUUCAGCAAAGAUAAUUCAGUAUCGAUGAGACACGGAAGAAACGCUUUUCACCUGGAGGCAACGGAGCGGAAUAAUUUGCAGGUUAACACAUCGCAUUACACCUUACCAGAUAGAGUCGUCAUCCCACAUGGGCUCGUUGAAGUCGAGAUGGGAAUUUUUAUCCACUUUACACCCGCAGGCUAUUUCUUCCUCCUGACUUUAAUGCUAGAAUGCACAAAUUUGUUUUUCUGCUCAGAUAAACGAUGAUGCCACUUAAGGCAAGCUCAAAUGUUAUUGC